AUGUCGGACCUCAAGUCGAUUCUCGUCAUUGGGGGAACAAGUGCCCAAGGCAGUUCUGUGGUCAAGGCACUCUCCGAGAGUGGUAGCUACAGUGUCAGAGUGUUGACUCGAAACUCAGCCUCAGAUCAAGCUCCAAAACUGGCUGCUCGACCGAAUGUGACCCUCCUCCAAGGCUCACAGGAUAACCAGAAGGACCUUCACUCUGCGUUUUCUGGCAUCUACGGAGCAUGGGUAAACCUGGACGGGUUUACGAUCGGCGAAAAAAGCGAACUAUUCUACGGUGUCUGA